GUGAGAAUAGCUUGAGCUACCUCAUCCCUUUGUGUGUAUUUUACCUCAAUAAACUUAUUUCAACAACAACAUAGGCCAACCAUUCCAGUUACAGUUAAGAAAGCAUAACUAGGAGUUACUGUUUGCUUUACGAUAGUGUUGUGUGGUGAGGAAUGAUGGAGAAGCUCGCUCUACUGCCUCUCUGCCACAGAAGUCUGUUGUCUCUCUGUCACAGGAGUCUGCUGGGGCCUGCUGUGAUUCAUCAACAUUAUUGUAGUGGGCGUAAAGGCAGUGGAGACACACACACUGCUUCACCAGACAUUACAGAACCUGCCAUACCUCCUUAUGAAGAGAAAGUUGGGGAGCCCAUCCAUUUGAAGAAGGCUAGACUUCAGUAUCAGUCCAGAAAGCGUGGCAUGUUGGAAAAUGGCUUGAUACUUAGUACCUUUGCACAUAAAUUCCUUGAAACUAUGAAUGAGCAGCAGUUGUCUAUGUAUGACCGCUUGAUUAACCUUCCAUCAAAUGAUUGGGAGAUUUAUUAUUGGGCAACAGGCGUCCGGCAAACUCCACAAGAAUUUGACAAUGAAGUAAUGACAAUGUUGAAAGAUUUUGUUAAAAAUGAUGACAGAGAGAACAGAACGAUGCAGCCUGAUCUACACUGAAUUUUAUUUAUGUUUAGCUUACUGGAAUGUAACAAGGACAAGGAUAUUGUACUAUAUCCAAGACACGGCAAGAACACUUGUGUAGGCAAUAAUUAUUCUGCUAUUACAUCCCAUAUCUGCUUUCACAAAUGUAGAUUGCCAGUUUAAAUUAAAGAGUAAGAAGGUAUAAUAUAAUAACUGUAGUGUAUACACAUAUCUAUAGCAGAUUAGUUUUUGUAAAUACUGAACAGGACAGCACGUCUAAAAUAAAUACAUUAGUUAUGAUU